UAAGCGUUGGCUCACAUUCAGUGCUCUCAACGUUGCCGUUCCGUGGAAUGCGCAGUUUAGUGGUUUUGGUUGUAUUAUGAGCGAGUGCCGGCGUGCGCUGGCCAGUGCCGUGCUCACUCAUCUGAUGGACCACGAGUAGACCGGCACGCCACCUAGGCCCGUGGGUCGUGGACGUCACCCAGCCGGGCUCCGAGAAUGCCCAAACAGCCGCGGGACAGCGGCCGCGUCACCUUCUACCCGUACGACCGGCAGUACGGCUGGCGGCCCUCGAUCGGCGAUCAGGACGCGCUCUCGUCCCAGCUGUACUCGGGGAUUUCUCCGGUAGCCACAUAUGACGACGCACAAGGAGGAGCCGUAUUCAACCUGGAGUUUUCAGAAGACGGCAAGGUGCUGGCCGCCGCCUGCGAGCGACGCUGUGUGCUGCUGUUCGACACGCUCACGCGGCGGAUCGUGCACACCGUCGAGAACGCUCACCAGGGCUUCGUCAACUGCGUCAAGUUCCUGGACUGUCGCAUGUUCGCCUCGUGCUCGGACGACAAGACGGUGGCGAUCUGGGACGUGCGCAACCUGCGCCAGAAGGUGCACUGCCUGGAGGCGCACGCCAACUGGGUCAAGAACAUCGAGUACCUGCCGCACAAGAGCCUGCUGGUGACCUCCGGCUUCGACAGCAGCAUCUACACCUGGAACCUCAACAACAUCGGGGGCUGCGAGCAGCGGGCGCAGCAUACGCGUGUGCUGCACGCCAGCGGCCUGAUGCGCAUCAGCCUGACGCCAGACUUCAGCAAGCUCGUCAUCUGUACCAACAACGGCUACCUCAUGGUGGUGCACGACGUCGACUUCGACACCAUGCAGGAGGACCUGCGCGGUUUCAAGCCGAGCUUGUACAAGCUGAUGCAGAUCAGCAAGACGCCGUUCCCGGCUGCCGCCCGCUACACCCACCUGUUCGACCUGGGCCGCCGACGCAACCGGAUCGAGUUCAUCACCGACUUCCCCGAGGGGAACGAGGCCGACAUGAUCGCGUCGCUGGCCAUGCACCCCCUCAGUUGGUGCGUGGCGAGUCGCAACACGAGCGGCGACGACGCCACCGAGUGGACGUGCGUGCACGACAUUCAGGACGAGCACCUGCCACCGGCCGCGCUCGACCCGGACGCCUCGCACGACCCGCCCGAGCAGGAGCCGGCGCCGGAGGCGCUGGCCGGCCGCAGCAUCGAGCUACGCGCGCCCUCCGCCGACAUGGUGGAGGCGCUGGAGAUCAUCCCGCCCGAUGACGACGCCGACGCGCAGGGCCCGUUCAUCAUCCGCGCCGGGCCGUCGCGGCUGGGCGGCGGCGCCGAGUCUGUGCUGCUAAUCGGCUCGCAGGCGAGCGCGCGCGAGCGCUACCGGCAUGUCGACUUCGGCCACAGGAUCGCGCAGAACGUGCCGCGGCUGGCGCGCUUCAUCGAAGAGCCGAACCUGCAGCUGACGCACGGCUAUAUCAAAGAGUUGUGCUUCAGCGCCGACGGCCGCCUGCUUUGCUCGCCGUUCGGCUACGGCGUGCGGCUGCUGGCGUUCAGCGAGGCCGGCCAGGAGCUGAGUGCGUGCGCGGCGGGUGGGCCGCGCCGCCUGCACGAGCUGGCCGCCACCACGUCACAUCGCUGCGCGGUCGUGUCGGCCCGCUUCUCGCCGGUCGAGUGUCUGCUGGUGACGGGCUGCCUGGGCGGCGGCGUGGUGUGGCACCAGCCUCGGCUCGCCUCCUGAGGCCGACCGGCUCGCCUCCUGAGGCCGGCCGGCUCGCUCCUCCCACCCGCACUCCGCUGUGAUAGGCGCCGCCGGGCCGGCCGCACGCACAACCGCCGGCGACGCGCGGCCGCGGCUGGUCCGUCAGCUGUGGCGUCAGGGCAGGGCGCGCGAACCACAGACGCGGUGUGGCGGCCGGCCGAUCCGACGUUUGGAAGCGCGCGGGGCGCACCGGGUGACGCACCAGCCUGCGCGUGACCGCGCGUCACCAGAUGCCGGUGCUCGCUCAUCGAAUGAGUUAAUUGGUGAUGUGCUGUGCCCGGCGGUUGCGAUUUUCUGUGGGCGAAGGUGCCGGCACCUCGCCAGCGCAGGUGUGAUUCUGCAGCAGUCAGGGCCGGCGCCGGUCGGCUGUUCUUCCGAUGCCGCGGGCACGUCGUCGCGGCUGCGCAGCGCAGGCGCCGGCGCCUCUUAUUCGUGUUUCCAAUAAAUAGGUCAUAUGU